UACAACGAUGGAGAAGAGACGCAGCGAAGACAACAGUGAAGUACACAGUGAAGUAGAAGGCAGAGAGAUUGAGACUUCCAAGAUGACUAAGAUUGGGGGGAGGAAGACCACUGCACAGAGGGAGGCGAGUAGAGACAGCAAAGUUCUGAGAGUUGGAUGAGCCUUUUUCAAGCUUAAAUCAUUGAUAUUAUUCCUGGAAGGUGGUUUAUUGGUUAUGAUAUUCCUGCAACUGUUGAUGGGAAUUCUUGCAGGUACAGUCUUAAUGGCUAUAAUAAUCUCGAUAACCUUUGCCAUUGGGAUGAUCCAGAUCAGUAUCAUUCUAAUCGUGUGUAAAUAAGAACAGCUUCAGUUUCCAGCUCAAGCGCACUAAAGCUAAUUUAUCAUAUGAAGAGCUCGACAACGGCAGGGAUGAAACUUCUGAGAAACCGUUAGAAGAUCAGGGCAACCCGCAGGAUGACACUAGUGUUAAGAAACUAGACUUCCUCCGCAAGAAAAGGCUCUUACUUGUAUUAAGGAAUGACCAAGAAGAUCCUACUCUUGAUCAGGUAGACAAACGAUUCUCUAAUAACUCUGAAAUUUUCCAAGACGGAAACGAACACUUUCUUCAGAAGAUUAUCAGUAAGUCUGAAGGGUCUCAGAAAUCAAGCGAAGAACAAGGAAAUUCCACAGAUCGAGUAUUUGAAACCUUGAAAUCUGUCCGUGAUCGGAGAAUCAGGGAUACGCUAAGUUCUCCUGAUUUCCCAUCCUUGUCAUCAAAAAGGUCCGCCCAGGAGAUGUCCUUUGCUGGAUCUCGGGGUUCAGAAUCAUUGCAGUUUCGGAUCAGCAAGAUUGGAAAAUCUGACAAGAACAUCUUCCAAAGGAGAUCAGACAUGUUUUCCUUCAACAACGAAAACAUGGGGUCGAUAAAAUCAGGACUCUCUUCAAAGAAGAGCAGUAGCUCUCUUGGAGAGGACCUUGCUAACACUAGUUUACUUAAGAGGAGCUCAAAGAAGAAGACAACUCCUGAAUUUUUAGCUGUAAAAACUAGGAAGCGAAGCAGCCCAAGACAAAAUAAGGGUAGCAAGAGACGUAUGGGCCAGUUUUACAAGACGUCUUACUUCACAAUGCAGUUAAAAUAAAAUUGCUGAGUUGCCAGAGGAUGAUAAUGAUGAGGAUGACUUGGAUAAGUCAGCUACCGAUAAUAAAUCUUUCUCCAAUACCAUCUCAAACGAUGCUAGCAAGUCUGUCGAAGCCAGUAAAUCUAUUGAGAUCGAGAGAUCUGGGGGUGAUAAAUCAAAUGAAGAACAGGAAAAUGCCAAAGAAGAGGUAAAGCUUAGGACUAACAGUAAGGAAGAAUCUGAAUCAGAUUCUUCUCUGCCUUCGAGUGUCACUCAGAGUAAGGCAUCUACUGUCUACACUCCCUUGCAAGCUUUUCAAGAGACAGAGAAUUCGAAAAGGGCUAGCAAUAUAUCAAUAGAUACUUUGAAACGUCAUCAAAUACGGAAAAGUGAUGCAUUCACCCUUUAUUCAAACAAAAAUGAUGCUGAAGCAAUUGCUAAUCUUGGAGAAGGCAGCCAAAUAUCACUUAACCAAGAUCUUUGGAGAAAGGAGACCAAUAAAGGCCCUCAGAAUAUCUUCAGAGGAAGUCCUGCAUCUCAAAUAUCAGCCUCAAGUGAGGCCUAUACAUUUGUGUCUGCUCCAAAGUUCGGUGGGGCGAAGUCGAUCAGUGAUAAAAGUUCCAUAGCUCAAUCAUCCAGGUCACCUAAUUUCCAGUUGGAUAAGAGCAACCAGGAAUAUAUAGAGUCUUCAAAGAAGAGCUCGAUGAUGGAGUCUGAAGAUCAGCAAGAGAGCUUCCAUUUCUAGCAGAGUUCUCGGCCCCUCAUGUUUUAUGUUGAAAUACAAUUUU